CCUAGGCGGGUUGGUUUUUCUAAGUGGUCACGUUGCGUUGCGGCAUUGAAACAGGAGGCUGUCGACAGUUAGGGCAUCUGUUGCAUCACUCUUCUAAACAGGUUGCUUUGAGCCGCAGACAUGACGCACCAGUACCCCGCACUCACAGCUGAGCAGAAGAAGGAGCUCCAGGACAUCGCUCAGCGUAUCGUAGCUCCUGGGAAGGGCAUCCUUGCUGCAGAUGAGUCCACAGGUAGUAUGGCAAAGCGCCUGAACCCCAUUGGCGUCGAGAACACAGAGGAAAACCGCCGUCUAUACCGCCAGAUCCUUUUCACUGCUGACGAGCGCAUAAACAAGUGCAUUGGUGGUGUCAUCUUCUUCCACGAGACCCUUUACCAGAAAGCUGAUGAUGGCACACCCUUUGCCAAAAUGAUCAAGAACAGGGGCAUGGUUGUGGGAAUCAAGGUUGACAAAGGUGUCGUCCCUCUGGCAGGAACAAAUGGAGAGACCACCACACAGGGGCUUGAUGGCCUGUCAGAACGCUGUGCUCAGUAUAAGAAAGACGGUGCUGACUUUGCCAAGUGGAGGUCUGUGCUGAAGAUCAGCGAGACCACUCCUUCAGAGUUAGCCAUCAUGGAGAACGCUAACGUCCUGGCUCGCUACGCCAGCAUCUGCCAGCAGAAUGGGAUUGUGCCCAUUGUUGAGCCAGAGAUUCUACCUGAUGGUGACCACGACUUGAAACGCUGCCAGUAUGUUACAGAGAAGGUCCUUGCUGCCUGCUACAAGGCCCUGUCUGACCAUCACGUCUAUCUGGAGGGAACUCUUCUGAAACCCAACAUGGUGACAGCUGGACACUCCUGCCCCACCAAAUUCUCCAAUGAGGAAAUUGCCAUGGCUACAGUGACAGCCUUGCGCCGUACCGUUCCCCCAGCGGUAACCGGUGUGACAUUCCUCUCUGGAGGUCAGAGUGAGGAGGAGGCAUCUAUCAACUUGAACGCCAUCAACAACUGCCCUCUGACAAAACCCUGGGCCCUCACCUUCUCCUAUGGACGUGCCCUGCAGGCCUCAGCCCUCAACGCCUGGCGCGGAGUCAAGGAAAAUGAGAAGGCUGCCACAGAGGAGUUCAUCAAGCGUGCUAAGGUCAGUUGAUCAAAUCCUUUUCCCAUUAAGG